CUUCAGUGGUUAAGAAGACGCCCACUAAAGUCCUCCUCUCUCUCUCUAUCUCUCUCCCUCCGCGUGCUUCGUUGACCCAAAAUCUCUCCCCGACGAAGCUGAGGUUCCCUUUCCAAGUUCUAGAUCUGUUGAUUUCGGGCUACAAUUGCGCAAAUCCAAGAUCUGCUUGUAAAGGCUGAAACGGCUCCUACUUGAGAGUUCGAGCGACGACCGGCUUUCAGCUUUGAGGUUUUGGGUGUUGAUUGAUGAUCUACUUCCAGAUCUGGACUCCAUAAGACUAGGCCGAGCUGUUGUUUUGGAACUGGGACGUUGGAAAUGUCGAUGCUGCUGAAAGAUGAAUCGAUUAACAUUCGGGAGGUGUGGAACGAUAAUCUGGAAGAGGAAUUCGCAUUGAUCCGCCAAGUUGUGGACAGAUUCAAUUAUGUUGCAAUGGAUACCGAGUUCCCUGGAGUUGUUUCUCGUCCGGUGGGGAAUUUCAAGAACAUUAGCGAUUAUAACUACCAGACCUUGAAAAAUAACGUUGAUAUGUUGAAGCUGAUCCAAUUGGGUCUCACGUUUUCGGACGAGAACGGGAACUUGCCCACUUGUGGCACGGACAAGUAUUGCAUUUGGCAGUUCAAUUUCCGCGAGUUCAACGUAACCGAGGACAUGUUCGCUGGCGAUUCGAUCGAGUUGCUGCGUCAGUGUGGGUUUGAUUUCAAGAAGAAUAAUGAGGAGGGGGUUGACGUGAGACGCUUCGGUGAGCUCUUGAUGUCCUCUGGGAUUGUUCUGAAUGGUGAUGUUAACUGGGUUACCUUUCAUAGCGGGUACGAUUUCGGUUACCUGCUGAAGUUAUUGACUUGCCGGAGUUUGCCUGAUACGCAAGUGGGGUUCUUCGAUUUGAUCAAUAUUUAUUUCCCCGUGGUGUACGACAUCAAGCAUUUGAUGAAGUUCUGCAACAGUCUUCACGGCGGCUUGAAUAAGCUUGCCGAAUUGUUGGAAGUUGAGAGGUUUGGCGUGUGCCAUCAAGCUGGGUCUGACAGCUUGCUCACGGCUUGUUCUUUCCUGAAGUUGAGGGACAUGUUCUUCAAUGGCUCCACAGAAAAGUACGCUGGUGUCUUGUACGGCCUUGGUGUCGAAGAUGGACAGAGUACUAAUUAAAUGAAGAUAGCCUGGGAAAGAUUCGAUGAAUAUUUGUAGACUACUUGUGUGUGAGAGUUCUAGUUCUCUUUGUAAACUUUGGCUAAUUGUUAUGUUAGUAUGACCUGCUUUUAAGUUUGUAUGCUCUUUAAGCUGUAACCAAAAUCUCGAGUUGCUGUAGCUUGAGCUCUUGUAAAUUGUUGCAAUUAGUCUUCUAAUAAAACGUUCACAAUUCCUUCUUA